AUGUUCUUUUCGGAAAAGCAUACAAUGCUGAGCUUUAUGCGGAAGUUAUCGAGAUUGUCGAUACUUAUCGAGAUGUCAGCGUUGAAACAAGAUCUUGCUGAGAUUCAAAACGGUGAUCAAAAUAUUGUCGGUGAUCGAGGAUUGGCGUUGAGUGGAGGGCAGAGAGCACGAUUGGCACUGGCGAGAGCGCUUUAUAGUCAAGUGGGUUUA